CAUCUUGAUCUUCCGCAUCUAGCCGCCUGCACUGAGCAUGUUUCGCACGACAGCUCGUCUGCUUGAUUGCCGCAUCACCUUCUUCACUCGAAGCCCGUGCGGGCUCUGUGACACGGCGAAGGCUGUUGUUCGGAACGUUGAAGCAAAAAGACCAUUGACCUAUCACGAGAUCAAUGUUAUGGAACCUGGCCAGGAGAAGUGGAAGAGUAUGUAUGAGUUCGACACGCCCGUGAUCCACAUCGACAAGGCGGGUGCUCCCGAGACCACCGCAUCGUCACUAAAGCUCAUGCAUCGAUUUAAGGAGGAAGAAGUCCUGAAUCUAAUGGAUGCUGCUGAGCAGUCAUGACGCUUCGGCCACAUUUCGGAUCUAAGCGACGAUUGGAAGCCACGUCAUACAACUCCAAUAGCAUGCAAUAGUGACAUGUCCUGUCCUAAAUUUGUCGUUGGCAAAGGGCCCCAACUAGCGCGUGGGGAUGUGGGGUAGCGCUUAUGAGGGGUCGCGAUAGCAAUACAGGACGAUGACGAUGCUGCAUUUGAAGCGUUGCCGUGUACCCUUGCCGAGGCCAGCAAUCAAGCUCCAGUUGCCAAACAA